CAAGAGGCUUCACCGCGCUGGGCCAGAAAUUCUGUGAGUCAGAUGAUCAUUCGACCUCCUCGGAUGGAGGUCGUUUUCGGUCGAAAGGCCAGGACCGCCGUCAUGGGGGCGGCGCUCCGGUUCGCUGAAGUCCUGGGGUCGGAGAGGGCCGUUUUUGGGCCUUGGCUCGGCCGGAGUAGCUUGCAAGGGGAGACCUGACUGGCCAGGAAAUGACGGAAUGGAUCCUAAGCAAUCCUUUCGGUACCCUAUAAAAGAUGUCAGGACCCAGUCAGCAUUUCCUGCUCUUCUUCAGCAUCAAGUCAAGUCUGCCGCCAUCCCACGGUGCACCUCGGCUCAAGAUCGGCGCUUGCCCGGUCCGAGAAGCAGGCCUUCAGUGAGGAUGGCAGCUGGCGGAUGAGCCGAAUCUUCCGUCCAGCGGCCGGAAUCGCAUGGUCCAUAUGCCUUGUUCUUGUGGCUUCAGAGCGCAUCGAUGAGGCUCGCCUCGAUCUGGAGGCGCCCAGCCGCCCCCACCAUGGCCGCCACGAGCACCAGCACCGCUCUCCGCGGCGUCACCGUGCGCCGGAGAUCCGUGUGGUGGACUUCGAGCGUGCCUCCUCGGCCUUGCAGUCGGAGGCCCGGACGGAGGUGCACAUGAUGCCCGGCAUGGAUGGCAUGGGGCAAAUGAUGAAGAUCUUGGCUCUUUGUGCCGUGGUGGGCAUUGCCUACAAGAUGAUCAGCUCCAUGUGCGCCUCGCGCAAGUGCGACUGCCGCAGGUUCAAGAUCAUUGCCCAGUGCCUCCUCGCCUGGGGCUGGGACGAGCCACUGGGCCCACCAGUCGACGCGAGUCGAGGAAAAGAGACGGGUCGAGUCGACAGAAGAGGAACACCCGAAUUCUCCGAAGAGACCACGCGACCGUGGUUUGGGGGAGGGAAAACCCGUGGCUGGUCCCUCCGAAUGGUCCGUCGCGUUUCUGGAUGGCCAGACACCCAGCCAGUGGGUUUUUGGCCUUUGCGGUUUCAUGCAGUCGACGACGUGCAGUGGCCACCCCAGCAUAGCGUCAGGUGAACGCACUCGGUCAAACAGAAGACCCAUCAGGGCAGCCAAGUACCUUUCACGCUUAAAGUGGAGCGGCACCCCGUGAAGGAACAUCCCAAAGUGACUUUGCAACCUCAUCAUGAUUCGGAAGCUGCAACACUUUCAUGAAGGAAACCGUUGGAUUAUGAAAACCCAACUUCUUCAAAGGUCCCCUAUAGAGAAGUGACCAAACUGAAGAGUAGAUCCCAACCACUUAAAGAACUGAAAAACGAUUCGAAACUGAGAUCUCAUCGAUUCAUCACGCAUGACAUAAACACUACGCCGAGACUUUGUCUUCUUCUUCCCUCUGUCGUAAACAGGAGUCAUGUGUCGCAUCGCCAAGAUGACAAGGCAAUGUACACUUCCAACAUCUUCCAACAAACUAACUUCCCCAUCUGUGUCCAGCCACGCAUCCGAAACCAGUCCAAAAACAACUUGGUGAUUCGCUCACCAAAAGGAACAUCCACCUGGCAAUCCAAAUUUCACCUGUUCGAGCGGAAGAUGUCCAAUGCCCUGCUGUAUAAAAUCCUGAAGAGAUGGAGUUGAUGGCACGAUGAUCCCAGAAUUUGGUUUGUUUUAAGAAAACCACUUAGGCUAUCUCUGAUGGUUUGUCCAAAAAAAGGGAACAAAGCAACUACAAAAAGCAACAGCAAAAAAACGCAUCUGAACAAGCAAAAGCAAAAAAAAAUCCAAAAGGCACCACAAAAGCAAAUUAAGAAGCACACACACAAAGAACCGA